UAGUGAUAAAUUAAGAAGCGAUCGCGUCUAUUAACACAGUUUGUUGCUAACAUCGGUUUAACGUGGACAUAUGAUUACGUCGAGCGAAGAAGAACUUUUAUUCUUCUUCAGUGAUUCUAGGAGAAUCGUUUGGAUCUUCUUAUAAUUGUGGAUCAUUGACAGUGAUUUUUAUUAUAGAAAAAAUUAACUUUCUUCUGUGUCUGUGAACAGAGUGAUUUCAAUAUGCCUGAAAACGGAAUGCAGAUGACCGAGGUGAAUAUAGAGAAUUUCACACCGUUGGAUACUAGUCGACCAGAGAACGAAAGAAAUACGAAUCUCACUUAUGGCAUCGACGACAUCCCGCCAUGGUAUCUUUGCUUAUUUAUGGCUUUACAGCACUAUUUGACCAUGAUAGGUGCAAUAGUCUCGAUUCCCUUCAUCCUUACUCCUGCAUUAUGCAUGGCAGAAGACGAUCCAUCGAGAAGUUACAUAAUCUCCACUAUGAUCUUUGUCACAGGAUUCGUCACCUUCAUUCAAACUACCAUAGGAUGCAGAUUGCCGUUAGUUCAAGGAGGAACCAUCUCCUUUUUAGUCCCAACUUUAGCCAUACUAAAUUUACCGCAAUGGAAAUGUCCACCGCCGGAGAUUUUGGACCAAAUGUCUCCUGAAAAUCGCACUGAAUUAUGGCAAGUUAGAAUGAGGGAACUUUCAGGAGCCAUUGCUGUAUCCUCUUUAUUUCAAGUGGUCGUUGGAUUUGGAGGUAUUAUCGGAUAUUUAUUGAAAUUUGUUACGCCACUGACUAUUGUGCCAACUGUGUCUCUUGUUGGAAUAUCUCUCUUUGAGAAUGCAGCUGAUGCUGCGUCUCAGCAUUGGGGUAUAGCAGCUGGAACAAUAUUGAUGUUAACGUUGUAUUCACAAAUACUUGUUAAUGUACCAUUUCCAAUAUUGGUAUACCGUAAGGGUCAGGGAAUAGGAGUCCGGUGGUUCGCAUUAUUUAAACUAUUCCCAGUACUGUUAACAAUAAUAGUUAUGUGGAUAAUUUGCACAAUUUUAACCGUGACCGAUGCUUUACCAGUCGGUCAUCCAGCUAGAGCAGAUAGUAAAUUAAAGAUUAUCAGUGAUUCUCCGUGGUUCCGAAUCCCAUAUCCUGGUCAAUGGGGUAUACCGACUGUAAGCCUGUCUGGUGCGCUUGGUAUGUUGGCUGGUGUAUUAGCGUGUACAGUGGAAUCUAUCAGUUAUUAUCCAACAACAUCCAAGAUGUGCGGCGCUCCACCUCCUCCAGUUCAUGCCAUUAAUCGAGGUAUCGGUAUAGAAGGAUUUGGGACAAUGUUAGCUGGUCUCUGGGGCAGUGGGAACGGUACAAACACAUUCGGAGAAAAUGUUGGAACCAUUGGCGUUACGAAAGUGGGUAGCCGCAGAGUUAUUCAAUGGGCAUGUGUUCUGAUGAUUCUCCAAGGACUGAUUAGUAAAUUUGGCGCCGUUUUUAUCAUCAUCCCGGAACCAAUAAUCGGUGGAAUAUUUUGCGUGAUGUUUGGAAUGAUUAGUGCCUUUGGUCUCUCUGCAUUACAGUACAUAAAUUUAAACUCAGCAAGGAAUUUGUACAUUCUUGGGUUCUCCAUUUUCUUUCCACUGGUUUUAUCUAAAUGGAUGAUCAAUCACUCAGGCGUAAUACAAACCGGAAACGAAAUAGCCGAUGGAGUAAUUACCGUAUUACUUAGCACGACUAUCUUGGUAGGGGGUGUAAUAGGAUGUGUAUUAGACAAUAUUAUACCAGGUACACUUGAGGAACGUGGACUCAUCGCUUGGUCAAAAGAAAUGGAAUUAGAUAUUGGAAUAGACGAGAAAAAGGACCAAGAAUACGUACCUAAUACGUUCGAUUUUCCGUUUGGAAUGGAUGUUUUACGAAGAUGGAAAUGGACACAAUAUGUACCAUUUUUACCGACAUACAAACCUGGAAUUUACUCAUGUGAUCAGAGGAAACAAUGAGUACUUUUCUGAUUUUACGUUACCUGAUAAUUCAUUGAUUAUCACCGUGAGGAGACUCGCGAAUUAUGAUACAUCAGUGUAUACAUAUACGAUAAAUAAAUAUUGAAUGAGUCGCUUUGCGAAUGAUGAAUUGUUAAUUGAGUGCAAAAGAAGAUUAUAUCGAAAUGAAAAUAACAGAAUUCCUAUGUAAAAACAA